AGUUGUUUUGCUUUUUAGAAGUGUCUUUUUAAAAGUCUCACGAUUCGAAAACUCGAAAAUAAGAGCGAACAAGGGCGGCUGGUUACUACUGACCUGGAAUAAAGUAAAUGAACACCGGGAGAAGGCUGGGUACACACUUAAUUCACUGCAGGCAUCCGGGAUGGAAAAAGAGAAAUCAGGCGCAACAAGCAAAGCUCUUGAAGAAAAAAAAGAGCCAAAUACCAAGGAAGAUGUAAUUUCAAGAGGAGAUACUUUGAAGCCGUGUGAGCCUCUAGAGCGAGCAAAGGAGCCUGACCAAAUUGGGACCAGUAGUUUGUCGGUAUCAAAACAAGGCGAUGUUACGAGUGAAAAUGCCUCCCACGACGAGAUUCAGAGGAGCUGCCAGCAGCUCAUCGAUGAUAUCAAUGCUAAAAGGAAGCGAGACACGGAUUUAUUGAACGAUUUCAAGAAAGCUCUCGAGGAACAAAUUAACGCCUCUUGUGGUGUUCUGGAAGAAAACAUUGUUCAAACGUAUGAAAGACACAGCAAAGCUAUUCAGGACAAACUUCAGGAAUUGUUUGCGGUUCUUGAAAGAAUAAGUAAACUUGAAAAUGAACUGAUGGACUUCAAACAUUCUCUUGGUGUCCUCUAUAACGACAUGCAAGUUGUGUAGAGAGACAUAGCUAGAUAUCUAUAUGUAUAAACAUGCUUUGAUUGACCCAGAGUAAGCCAAUUGACCUAAUUUAAGAAAAGUUCUUUCUGUACUCGUUACACAUUACCUACCCCCUUGGUUGGAUAAAGAAUGCACCCCGUGAUGAGGUUAUAAAAAUUUGGAAUGACAUAUCGCUUUAAUUGCAGUUUUACGUUUUCAUUUUGGCUUAUGCUUUUAUCAGUGGUUAUAAAAUUACAUCUCCUCUUCGAAAUUGGUUAUAAAUAAAGUGAGUUACACA